GUCCGCGGAUGGAUAUGUUCGUAUUUACACAGAGGGUAUAAAGAUAUCGGUCUUUUCAACGCAAAUCCCUUUCAAUUUCCUAGCGUCAGGGUGCAGAAGGAUUCGGACAAAUUGGUCGCAUUUUAUUCAAGAAAAAUAAGCUGAACGAAACUGAAAGAUGCCUGAAGAAAUGCGCCAAGAAGAGGAGACUGAGACCUUCGCCUUCCAGGCGGAGAUCGCUCAGUUGAUGUCCCUGAUCAUCAACACCUUCUACUCUAACAAGGAGAUCUUCCUCAGGGAGCUCAUCUCCAAUGCAUCUGAUGCUCUGGACAAAAUUCGCUAUGAAAGUUUGACAGACCCCACCAAGCUGGACAACGGGAAGGAGCUGAAGAUCGAAAUCAUCCCCAACGUGCAGGAGCGCACGCUCACGCUCAUCGACACCGGGAUCGGAAUGACCAAAGCCGACCUCAUCAACAACCUGGGAACCAUCGCCAAGUCCGGCACUAAGGCUUUCAUGGAGGCCCUGCAGGCUGGUGCUGACAUCUCCAUGAUUGGUCAGUUCGGUGUGGGGUUCUACUCCGCCUACCUGGUGGCUGAGAGGGUGGUGGUCAUCACCAAGCACAACGACGACGAGCAGUACGCCUGGGAGUCCUCCGCUGGAGGAUCCUUCACCGUCAAACUAGACAAUGGGGAGCCCAUGGGGAGAGGAACCAAAGUGAUUCUGCACCUGAAGGAGGACCAGACCGAGUAUGUGGAGGAGAAGAGGGUGAAGGAGGUGGUGAAGAAGCACUCUCAGUUCAUUGGGUAUCCCAUCACCCUGUUUGUUGAGAAGGAGCGCGACAAGGAGAUCAGCGACGACGAGGCGGAGGAGGAGAAGGCCGAGGAGAAGGAGAAAGAGGAGGAUGCCGAGGACAAGCCCAAGAUCGAGGACGUGGGCUCCGACGACGAGGAGGAGUCCAAGGACAAGAAGAAGAAGAAGAAGAUCAAGGAGAAGUACAUCGACCAGGAGGAGCUGAACAAGACCAAGCCCAUCUGGACUCGGAACCCCGAUGACAUCACCACUGAGGAGUACGGAGAGUUCUACAAGAGCCUGACCAACGACUGGGAGGACCACCUGGCUGUCAAGCACUUCUCUGUGGAGGGUCAGCUGGAGUUCCGGGCCCUUCUCUUCAUCCCCCGCCGUGCGCCCUUUGACCUCUUUGAGAACAAGAAGAAGAAGAACAACAUCAAGCUGUACGUGAGGAGGGUGUUCAUCAUGGACAGCUGCGAGGAGCUCAUCCCAGAGUACCUGAACUUCAUCCGGGGCGUGGUGGACUCAGAAGACCUGCCACUCAACAUCUCCAGGGAGAUGCUGCAGCAGAGCAAGAUCCUGAAGGUCAUCCGCAAGAACAUCGUCAAGAAAUGCCUGGAGCUGUUCGCCGAGCUGGCAGAGGACAAGGACAACUACAAGAAGUUCUACGACGCCUUCUCCAAGAAUCUGAAGCUGGGGAUCCACGAGGACUCCCAGAACCGCAAGAAGCUGUCUGAGCUCCUGCGCUACCACAGCUCGCAGUCCGGGGACGAGAUGACCUCCCUCACAGAGUACCUGAGCCGCAUGAAGGACAACCAGAAAUCCAUCUACUACAUCACAGGUGAGAGCAAAGACCAGGUGGCGAACUCUGCGUUCGUGGAGCGGGUCAGGAAGCGCGGGUUCGAGGUGCUGUACAUGACGGAGCCCAUCGACGAGUACUGCGUUCAGCAGCUGAAGGAGUUCGAGGGCAAGACCCUGGUCUCGGUCACCAAGGAAGGCCUGGAGCUGCCCGAGGAUGAGGAGGAGAAGAAGAAGAUGGAGGAAGACAAAGCUCGCUACGAGACCCUCUGCAAACUCAUGAAGGAGAUCCUUGACAAGAAAGUGGAGAAGGUGACGGUGUCCAACCGGCUGGUGUCGUCCCCGUGCUGCAUCGUCACCAGCACGUACGGCUGGACGGCCAACAUGGAGCGGAUCAUGAAGGCCCAGGCGCUGCGGGACAACUCCACCAUGGGCUACAUGAUGGCCAAGAAGCACCUGGAGAUCAACCCGGACCACCCCAUCGUCCAGACGCUGCGGCAGAAGGCCGACGUGGACAAGAACGACAAGGCCGUGAAGGACCUGGUGAUCCUGCUGUUCGAGACCGCCCUCCUCUCCUCAGGCUUCUCCCUGGACGACCCACAGACCCACUCCAACCGCAUCUACAGAAUGAUCAAGCUGGGCCUGGGUAUCGACGAUGACGACGUCCCCGCAGAGGAGCCGGAAACCGUUGCGGUACCUGAGGAGAUCCCGCCCCUGGAGGGAGACGACGACGCCUCCCGCAUGGAGGAGGUGGAUUAAACUCCGCCCCCUUCGGCCCUACCGUCCCCCUAAACCUCACCUGACCAAUACAAGCUUCUCAUUUUCCACCCCUCGCCCUCCCCCCCCCACUUUCCCGGGAAGUGCGGUCAAUGAAUGUCUGUAAUGGUCAGUUUUGUAAAUUUCAACGAUUGUGUGUUAGUGGACCUGUGUUGCCCUCUGUAAAGUAGCCUUGUUCUCAGAGGUAAGAUUUAUUUUGGGGGGUGGGGGGGGUUCUGUGCAAGAAGAGCGGGGCGGCGUUUGUCGGGAUACCGUCCCACAACGGGACUGUCUGGAGAAAGGACUGGUGGCGUCUGAUUGGGGGGGAGAGAUGUACAUUCCUGUUGAACAGUUGGAGGGCAGCAUGCUUUUGCAUGAGGCCUGGGUGUCUAUUCAGUUUUGCAUAAUAAAUAAAAUACAAAUGCCUUUAAAAGAG